ACUUACGGAGACUUGUAGGCGCGUAUACACGCUCAUCAAGCGGGCUGGGCAUCCUGUGCUGACGCCUUUCGCCGAUGGGCGUUGGACGCCAGAUGCUCAUUCAAACGACAAAAUAUUCAAGAUGUACGACUCGGAACGCAUAUGCAAGACAACGCAUGAGCUGCCGUUGUGGGAGAAAGGCGUAAAGUGCUAUGCCGAGUCUGUGCACAGGGUCAGACAAAUCAUUGACACGGGCGGGGAUGAGCAGACUGAGUACGAGCUCACUGAGUCGUUCUUCACUACACAAGAGUGCUGGACGAAGGACAUGAACCCUGGGGUGAUGGAGAAGGGCGCGCGAGAGUUUGCGGCGGCGCUCAAGAAGCAGGCAGAGGAAUUGGUGAGGUAACAUUGGCUAGCCCCGCUGAGGGGAUGUCGGACUACUGUCAAGGACUUUGCCUGUCAGGAAUGACAUCCAGAUACAGCUAAAUUAUGUCUCCAAGCCAUAUGUCAAAAUAUCUUUGUAUCACCUUGAGUUUCGCUGGAUGUACUUGUAUUUCGGGAAUCCGUCUCGCCAAGGCAGAUGCUGUUGGUCAUGACCAUUCUGUAAUCCGUGA